AUGGACACCGCCUGUCCCUCAGGCGCCGACAGCGAAUUUGGCCCUCGAGUCCAUGUCGCCUGUCGCGCCUUCGACUUCACCUUGCUGUUCCAGGACGCCUUCUUCAUUGCACUCCCUGCUGCCGUCUUCCUCAUCCUCUUGCCCUGGCGGCUCUGGUCUCUUUGCCGCCGCCCCGUCUUGGCCACGUCAGUUCGUCUGGCGCUGUGCAAGCUUGGCUUCCUAUCGGCCCUCUUCUGCCUUCACAUCGCCUUAGCCACGCUUCGCGCCGGCACCCCCGGCUUGUACUCCAGAUUGGGCCUCGCUUCCGACAUCCUCGCUGCAGUCUCCGUCUUCGUUGCUGUCGAGGCCUUGGUCGUCGUUCUCGAGUCCGCGCGAAAGACUGGGUUCCUCCAACCGUCCUACAAAUCCGCCGCCAUCGAGCAAGUCACCAGCUUCUGGAACCGGAGCUUCUUUGUAUGGCUUCUUCCAUUCUUCAACGUCGGCUAUUCCAAGGACCUCGAUCUGCAAGACAUCCCCAAAGUCAGCCGCGACCUUGAGGAAGAGUCGACGAGGACAAGAUUGACAAAAGCAUGGCGAAACACGCGGGGAAAGCACCGCCUCCUACGCGCCACCUUCUUUGCCAACUCGUGGUUCUUCGGUGCCGCGGUGCCGCCUCGGCUCGCUUUGUCAGCCUUUACCUUCUGCCAGCCGUUCCUAAUCGAAUCCUCGGUUUCUUACCUCAAUGCCACCCCCGACCAAGACUACUCUCGAUUCAGAAAGGCUCUUGUUGGAGCUUUCCUGCUCACAUACCUCGGGAUAGCCGUCUCGCGCGCGCUAUACUGGCGACAAACAUACCGCAUGACGACUGCAAUUCGUGCUGGUCUCAUUUCUAGCAUCUACAGACAUACCAUCACGCUCAAAGCCGUCGACGUCCAAGACUCGGCUGCAUUGACGCUCAUGGGAACAGAUGUGGAAAGAAUAGCCGUGUCUUUGAGACUGGUCCAUGAGAUUUGGGCAUCCAUUCCCGAGGUUGCCGUUGCGAUAUGGCUCUUGGCUCGGCAAAUCUCCGCGGCGUCCGUUGUUCCACUGGUUGUCUGCUUGGCAUCUGUAGCAGCGGCUUCGCGAAUUGCCAGCAGUUUUGGACCCGCUCAGAAAGCAUGGGUAGACCGUGUCCAGACCCGAGUUGCGGCCACGGCUGGCAUGCUCAGCGACAUAAAGGCUGUCAAGAUGCUGGGGCUGACCGAAGUGUUGAGCAAAGUCAUUUCUCAGUUGCGGACAGUCGAACUGCAGACGUCGGAAACCUUUCGCUCGCUUCUCACAUGGCAGAUACUCGUUGUUGGACCUGGUCCCGGCCUGGACCUGGGUCAUCGGGCACGGGGUCCCUACCUGUACCCGUAUCUGGCCCUGGCCCUGGCCCCGAUCCUGGCCCCGCCGUCGGCGCUGUUUGAGCUCGUCGACGAGUCGGUUCAAGCUUCGGCCGGCGCGUAA